AUGGUCCUACAGUUUGCAGGGAAAGGAAGUCUUCGUGAUUAUCUUUCUCGUCACUUCGACUCGCUCAAUUGGGCAAACAAGAUGAGACUUGCUAGAGACGUUGCAGCUGGCAUCAGUUUCAUUCAUGAAGACAAUAUUUGUCAUCAUGACCUUCACUCCAGAAAUGUUCUGAUUGAUCAAUCUGGAAGAGCUCUCAUAACUGACUUUGGUCUCUCAAGAUACGUCAAUCAUGCUAAUUCUAAUAAUGGAGUCCGGGGUGUGGUCCCCUAUAUCUCUCCGGAGCGUCUUAAAAACGCACAUUUCGAUCACAGCUCAGAUGUUUACAGUCUAGGAGUCAUCAUGUGGGAACUGACUUCAGGAUACCCGCCAUUUGAUCAUGAUGGCGAAAACUUUCUGCUGCCUUUUCAGAUCAUGAGGGGAAGGCGAGAAAAAAUAGUACCGGGAACACCCAUUGAAUACUCAAAUCUUUAUCAGCAAUGCUGGGACGGAGAGCCAUCAAAACGACCACCACUUCCUGUCAUUUUGAAAACUCUGGACAAAAUGCUUUCAGAUCAUAAUGGG